CAUGCCACAACAAUCUAUUACAUUAAAUUUAUAAUUUAUUUCGAAACACUUCCCAAUUAAAAUGGCGCUGUACUAAAAAACCAGGCCCACCAACCUUCACAUCAACUUCCUUCUGCCAAUUCCUUUUCUCUUAAAACGUGCAUAGUGACAAGUUUAGAAUGACUGUCGCAGACAAGAAAAAGUCCAGCGCACCAGCUAAGAAGCUGCCGGCCGUCCCGGAAUCCAAAUUGAAGUUCGCCAAGAAGCGCAUCAGCAGACGUGCCAUCCUCACCAAGAGGAAGGUAAAGCGUAGCGCUGUUAUUGCCAUUAGGAAGCGCGAGAAUCUUAUUCGUGCUGAGAAAUACUCGCAUGAAUAUGCCAAGGCCGACCGCAGAGAAAUCAAAAUGAAGCGUUUGGCUAAAGCCAGGGGACAAUACUACGUUCCUGGAGAAAGCAAAUUGGCUUUCGUUAUUCGUAUUCGUGGUAUCAACAAGGUUGCCCCCAAGGUACGCAAGGUCCUCCAGCUGUUCCGUCUGCGCCAAAUCAACAACGGUGUGUUCAUCAAGUUGAACAAGGCCACCAUCAACAUGCUGCGCAUUGCUGAACCCUACAUUACCUGGGGAUACCCCAACUUGAAGUCGGUCAGCGAACUCAUCUACAAACGUGGAUUCGUUAAGCACAGCAAGCAGCGCAUUCCAAUCACAGAUAACUUCGUUAUCGAACGUAAGAUGAGCAAGAAGUACGACAUCCAGUGCGUGGAGGAUUUAGUUCAUGAAAUCUUCACCGUUGGCAAGAACUUCAAGUACGCAUCGAACUUCCUGUGGCCCUUCAAAUUGAACACACCCACCGGAGGCUGGCGCAAGAAGAACAACCAUUACGUCGAGGGUGGUGACUUCGGUAACCGCGAAGACAAGAUCAACAAACUUCUUAGGAAGAUGGUCUAAGCGUUAGGAUUUUAAUGGAUAACUUUUUAUUUUACAAAAUAAAACCAAGAAAA